CAAGGAAAAGAAAAGAAGAAGUUGCUUCAUAUUCCGUUCCUCCAAAAAGGGACGAAACCAGAAGUCGCCACUUUUUCUAUGUUCAUUUUCUUGUUUCUUUCUGUUCCCUUUAAAAAGCUACCGAGACUUUCCUCUCACAGACCCAUCAAUCUAGCUUCAGCUGUUUAUGGAGUCCAUACGGAAGCAAGCCUGCAAGCUCAGGGAGCAAGUCGCUAAGCAACAGCAGGCUGUAUUGAAACGAUUGGGAAGUUUAAGUAAUGAAGCUGUUAUGGUUGAUGAAGCUGAAAUUCUGUGCCAUCAACAACUUCAUGAUUUAUACACUUCUACGAGAGCAGCGAAGCAUUUUCAGCGGAGUAUUGUUCGGGGAGUUGAAGCUUUUAUUUCCAUCAGCUUAAAACAAAUGGAAAUAGUAAGAAAGUUGGCUGAAGAUUGCUGCAAAUAUGGAGCUGAAAAUCAAAACACUAGUACCCCUCUAGUUAGAGCUUCAACUUACUUUGGUACUUCACAUGAUUCAAUUGAAGAAGAGAGAGAGACUUUCCUUAGGAUCCUAGGUGAGCAGUGGAACCUAUUGAGCCUAUGGGCAACACAAACAGAAGUUGCCUCCCGGCAUCUCAUUAACCCACUCAACCUUAGUGAUGGUGGUACUAAUUCAGGACUCUUGGACAAUGACAACAGGCUUUACCAAAUGAAUCAACUCUCCUUCUAUAAGGUUUAUGAACCUUUACGGGCACAACUAACUGGGUCUCCUUUGGAGGAUGCUCGUCACUUGACUCAUCGUUAUGAUAAACUGCGUCAGGAGGUCGAAGCCCAGGUGGCUGAAGUAUUGAGGCGUCGAUUGAAAUCCAAGGCUUCUGGAUCUUCUGAGAGUUCCUUGAAACUUCAAAAUACAGAAGCAAGAUUGACAGAGCUUAAAUCCACUGCAGUGGCACUUGGCCGAGAAGCGACUUCUGCAAUGUUGUCAGUUGAGGCUCAGCAGCAACAGAUGACUUUCCAAAAGCUUCUUACUAUGGUUGAUGCUGAAAGAUCUUAUCAUCAACAUGCGCUUGCUAUUCUAGAGAAGCUACAUUCUGAGAUGAUUCUGGAGAAGCUACCACAAGAAUUUUCAUUAGAAUCAGAGACAGUGCAUCCAAAUGCUAGUUCAAAGAGAUCUGAUGAUCAUGAACAACUUACUCAAGAUGGCAAUUUUUUCAUUGCAAGAGCUAUACACCCUUUUGAUGCUCAAGCAGAUGGAGAGUUGAAUCUAUCAAUUGAUGAUUAUGUUGUGGUUCGUGAGGUGGGCCCUAAUGGAUGGUCUGAAGGGGAAUGCAAGGGCAAGGCCGGGUGGUUUCCAUCUGCAUAUAUAGAGAGGCACGAAAAAGCACCAGUGAGCAAAUUAUUGUAAGCAAGUUCAUUCCCACGAUCUUCACAUCUCGUAUAUUAAACUCGGUAUAAUCUGUAUAUACAUACAGUUUUGGCUUUAUAAUAGUUUCAAGUUGGGUGAAAUGCUUGGCCCUUUAUGGUUAGCAUUAUGCUGUGCAGAAUUAAACUUAUAUUUGUAACUUUGUAUUGUUUGGGGGUAAUAAUGCAAUUAACGUAUCCUACCUUUUCCUUGAAAUAUAGUCUGAACUCUGAAAAUGUGUUAUUCGUA